AUGAAAGCAACAAAGGAUAGUAAUGAGAAUCCAGCUGCCAGCUUUACAGAGAUAGGAUCACUUUUGGGUAAAAAAUGGCAUUCUCUUUCAGCCCCUGAGAAAGAUGUCUACCAAAAACGUUCGGAUGAAGAAAAGAGAGUUUAUGAAUUGAAGAUGAAAGAAUACAAAGCAAUGAUCUCUCAACAACAACCAGUUAAGGCAGAAUAG